CUUGCAUGGAGGUCAUUGAUCUCACUCACAUCGACUCGCCGGGCCCGCGCGAAGGCAAGGUAUCGGAGGGUAACCGUCGGCAGAGAAGGGACGCGCAGAAACGACGCUCGGAAGAGAACGAGGGCGAGAGCCGGGAUCGGAAGCGCAAACGCGACUCGUCGCACGAACGGCGGAAAAGCCGGCGAGAAGAAGAGGGACGCGACUCGCAUAGAUCCAAGGGCGACAGGGACCGCAGUAGACGGCGGGACUCGACUCACGGUAAAAGCCGGCGUGAUUCUCGCGAACGCGACCGGGAACACAAACGUGUUCACGGAGAAUCCUCCGGUUCUCGCGACAAGGACCUGUUCGUCGUCGAUAGACUUCCGAGCGACGUCGACCCCUCGGCGUCUUUCAUCCCUAUAUCUACGCCCGCUAUCGACCUUGACGAAGAUUCCGCUCUUCUUCUUCCUGCACAUGUUUCGUUAUUUGGAAACGCGCCGGUAAUCAGUCUCCCUCUGGAAGGCCCUCAGUCCGACGAGGACGACGACUACAUCGAAUAUCUAGACUUCGACAACCGCAAGGAUUUCGUGCGCUAUUAUGAAGAACCGGACGAAAAGAAGACGAAAAUGAUCUGCAAACGCUGUGGAGACGAGGGCCACAAGAUGAGAGAGUGUAACAGGUUAAUCUGCUCAACAUGCGGCGCCCGAGACGAUCAUCCAACCAGACUUUGCAAUAUCAGCAAAACGUGCUUCUCGUGUGGAAUGAAGGGCCACAUCAACGCCGACUGUCCCAACCGAAACUCAGGGAGGUUCUUGGACGAUGGGUGCGACCGAUGUCGAUCUUCUCAGCACCGAUCCAAUGAAUGUCCGCUGUUGUGGCGGUCGUAUGUCUAUGUCGACACGAACGAACAUGAGAACAUUCUGCAAAUGCGGAAUGACAAGAAGAAUCUCAAGUUGGGCGAAGGUGGAGAGGGUUAUAUUGCUGAUGACGCGUGGUGCUACAACUGCGGCGACUCUGGGCACUGGGGCGAUGCCAAGAAGAAGGAGAUGCAGAGGCUGGCUGCACGACAGGCCGAGAAGGAUGCAGCAGAAGAUGAGGAAGACUGGUUCGAAAGCACGCUGAACAUUCGCGGGGCUUCUGGUCGAGAAAGGAAGGGAGGACCUACGAAGAACCAGCAUAGCUCUGGGAAACCCGCAGGAACCUCAAAAAACUCGCUCAUGGACCGAAUGGGCCCACCGAAACACGACGCAUCAAGACACGACUCUCGGACCGCUCUUCAAGACAUCACCGCCACCGCGACGACCGAGACCGAGGACCCAGGUAUAAAGGCGGAUAUUCGCGAUGAAAUUUGA